CCCAAAACGCGAAUGAACAUCGACCGUGGAAGUUGACUGCAAGUGAAAAGCGCUGCACAGAAGUGUUCAAAUUACAUGUGAGACUAGCGCUGAGCAGAGGCCUCACUAGCCAAGCAGCACAACACACAUUCAGCCCCCUCACAUCAUUCACAUGAUUCGUCUGCCUGCAGCCCGAGCCUGAGACCGUCUUGAGCCUUCCGCCCUCCUGCCGGAUCAAAGUUCCAACGUUACGCUUCGCUUACCGUUGCUCAAAGCCCAACAAGGAACAACCAACAAAACAAAUAAAAAAACUCAGAAAACUACGUUAACUUCUAAUAACAAUAAACUAUUUGGGUCUGCGCCUUUUAUAUACAUUGGCAACAUUGUCUUACUAAAAGUCAUAACCACAGUGCAAUAUGCCGCCAAAUGCAAAAUCGGAAACGGAGCCAGAACCGGCGCCUGUGUCGAGUGAUGAGCCGGCGGCCGACUUGGAGGCGGCCAAUCAGAAGAUAGAAGAAACGACACAUCACUCCAAGUUUCGGGAACUGGAUCAGCAGGAGCAACAGGCAGCCGAGAGUCAAAGAAUUGCACAAGUGGAAACAACAAUAGUACCAAAAACAACAACAGAGGCUGAGGAAGCUGCUACCACCUCCGUGCCGGUCAUCAAAAAGAUUGAGCAUGCUGGCGAAGUGGUCACCGAGGCGAUUGCUGAACGCACUGGUUUGCCCACAUGGGGCGUGGUGGCGAUUAUAAUACUCGUAUUCCUCGUCGUCUUUGGUAUUAUAUUUUUCUGUGUGCGCAGAUUCCUCAAGAAGCGAAGAACCAAAGAUGGUAAGGGUAAGAAGGGUGUCGAUAUGAAAUCGGUACAGUUGUUGGGAUCGGCAUACAAAGAGAAAGUUCAGCCUGAUAUGGAGGAACUCACCGAAAAUGCCGAAGAAGGCGACGAAGAGGACAAGCAGAGCGAACAGAAGCUGGGGCGACUUAACUUCAAGCUUGAAUACGACUUCAAUUCGAACAGCUUGGCCGUAACCGUUAUACAGGCCGAGGAGUUGCCCGCCUUGGACAUGGGCGGUACCUCAGAUCCCUAUGUGAAGGUAUAUCUGCUGCCCGAUAAGAAGAAGAAGUUUGAGACAAAGGUGCACCGCAAAACGUUGAGUCCUGUCUUCAAUGAAACAUUCACCUUCAAGAGUUUACCGUAUGCUGAUGCCAUGAAUAAGACGCUAGUAUUCGCCAUAUUUGACUUUGACCGCUUCUCGAAACACGACCAAAUCGGCGAGGUGAAGGUGCCGCUGUGUACCAUCGACUUGGCACAAACCAUUGAGGAAUGGCGUGAUCUGAUCAGCGUUGAGGGUGAGGGUGGACAGGAAAAGCUUGGUGACAUUUGCUUCUCGCUGCGCUAUGUGCCGACCGCUGGAAAGUUGACGGUUGUCAUUCUCGAGGCCAAGAACUUGAAGAAAAUGGACGUCGGUGGAUUGUCUGAUCCAUAUGUGAAAAUUGCAAUCAUGCAAAAUGGCAAACGUUUGAAAAAGAAGAAGACAAGUAUCAAAAAAUGCACCCUCAACCCUUACUAUAAUGAGUCGUUCUCAUUUGAAGUACCAUUUGAACAAAUACAAAAAAUCUGUCUUGUUGUUACCGUUGUGGAUUACGAUCGUAUUGGCACCUCUGAGCCCAUUGGACGCUGUAUACUUGGCUGCAUGGGCACCGGCACUGAGUUGCGCCAUUGGUCCGAUAUGCUGGCCUCCCCACGUCGACCCAUAGCCCAAUGGCACACUCUCAAGGAUCCCGAGGAAACUGACGAAAUACUAAAGAAUAUGAAGUAAACGCUACAUUGCUGAUAACUGCAGAAUAACAGCACACCUUAGUAUCAUGCGGAUAAAGUACACGUACAUACACAUAUUGAAGAUGAAGCAAAACCAAAGAGAACUCAAGCAAACCGUCAACAUUGAAAUCGUAUGGAUCAUCAGCUACUAUUGAUCUUCAAGAACCUCAAGAGCCCACAAAAAUAAAAACCAACAACAAUCAAUAAAAGAAAUAUCGUAGUUAUUGCAAAUAGAUUUGUUUGCGCAGUUUAUCAACAAAUGAGAUAGGCAAACACGACGAAAAAAUAUAAAACCGCUCCAUUCAGAGAAAUCUAGAAGUUUAAGUUAAAUCCAUCACAUUUUUAUACCUAUAAACAAAAGCAAUUUUUUGUCCAUCUAUAAAAUUAGAGAUUUUCCAAUUAGAUUUAUCAAAUUUAUUUCAAAUUAAAGUCAUUUAUUCGUUUUCAUGUUUAUAACAUUAAUGUUAUCAUUCGAAUAAAAGAUGAAAACAAAACAUAGUUAAAUGAAAAUGAAUAUGGAAAUGAAAAUGAAAAGAAAAUUCUACGAGUAUGUUAAAAAUUAAAUUGAUAAAGUCUAUAUACUCAAUAUACAUGCAUACAUUUAUUUAACGGUAAAAGAACAAACUAAAUCAUAAUUUUAAAACGUUAAGUUCAAUAACAUUUUAAACUAGUCAAGCGUCUAUAUAAAAAAAAAAACAAUUUUCUUACCAGUUUUCAUUUGACUUUGAAGGAAAACAAAAGCUGUUUAAAGUUUAUUAGUAAAUCGAUGAAGAAAAUAUUAGACCUAAUGACAACUAAUAACUAGCAGAAGACAAAAGAUGAAAAUAAACUGUUAUGUAAAUUAUUUAUUAUAUUUAAUUAUUGAGCAUUAUGUAUUACUGUAACUGUGUAAGUAUAUAAACAUCAACAUAUAUGAGAGUACAUGCCAGACAUAUGAAGCAAAGAAAAAUAAACAAAAAACUAAAUAUAUUGCGAGUAUAAACAAUAUAAACCAUUUAUGUAUAACCUUUGCAUAGACUUAUGUUAUGUAUACACAAUGCUGACGUUUGACAAAUCGGCUAAAAACAAAGGAAAAGAAGAAGAAAAGGAAUAAGUAGAACAAACACAAAUAACAUCAGAAACAUAAAAGCAAAUAACAAAAGUUUAACUUUAAAGCGUGAUUUCAAUGGAAUAUAUCAUCAGUUAAAACCUUAAAGUACUUAACUUAUAUCGAAGAAUUCAUCCCUUAUGGAUCCUGAUUUAUGAUAUUCUUUGGUAAACUGUUUAAUCUAUAAGCUUAUCUAUUGUUUUUAAAUGAUUUCCUUUGAGUUGCUUCUGCUCUAUGUCGAACUCUUAAGGUUUCUAAUACUCCUAACUUUCUCGUAUUUGUUAAUCAUAAUUGAUAAUUUGGAAAAGCAUAUUAGGUCCUAAUAAAAAUAUAUAUAUAUAUAUACAUACUAAUUAAAUGAUUAUUAACAAGGCAAAAAAGAAAGAAAGAAAAACAAUGUUAAAACAAGAAAUAUUAAGAACAAUAAUAGUUAUUACUAUUUAUAUUAUAUUCAAGUAUAUAUAUACAUAUAUAUAUAUAUACAUGAAAUCUUAACAAUAUACAUUUAUAUAUAAACUUCUAUAAUGUUGUGCGGCCUGUGCACAAACCUACUAAAUUGGUAUUUUCAAUGAACUGGCAAAAAGUAAAAAAAUAAAAAUAUUAAUAAAUAAAUAAAAACUGCUUAAUAUGGCUAAAUAUAAACAAGUUUAAUUGAAAGCAUUCCAAGGAGAGCUGGCCAUAAAUAUUAUUGAUUAUUUCCAUAAUGCAAGUAAAAUUAACUAUUAAAUUAGAUGUUUUUGUCCUGUAAAAAAUAUUUAAAAAUGAUAUAUAACAUUUAUAAUAAUUAUAUGUAAUAAUUAUAAUGCGUAGAUCGGGAUCGACAAAGUCCCGCACACUGUUUGUAGUGAUGUUCACCACGGCAAAAAACUAAAAUAACUCAAACAGACACAAAUAUAAUGCUAACUGAUUAUACCAAUAUACCAAGCAAAUAUUUAUGUAAUAUAAUUCAUCUAAAUUACAAGAACAAAAUGGUCUUUAAGACAGGCAAACAAAUUCUGCAAUAAAUUACGAAUAUUGUUCAAUAAACCCCAAAACAAAGAAUACGUACUUUGCUUUUCCAAAUAAUUACUGUAAAUUAUCAAAUUAUCAAUUCUAAACAAAAACACAAAACUUACCAAAACAACAGCAACAACAGAAAACAAGAACAAACUAUAUAUAUAUAUAUAAAAUACUUGAAUAUUAAACAAAUUAUAUGGAAUUAUAUGAAAUGAUGUUGAUUAUUGAUUUAAACUGAUGAAUGAAUAAAAGCAAAUGAUAUAUAAAAAAACUAAUUUAUAUAUAUAUAUAUCUAUAUACAUAUAUAUAUAUAAAUUUGUAUAUAUAUAUAUGCAUAUACAUAUAUAAAUAUUAUCGAAAUUAAAUUCAUUUGCGUUUUUCUUCAGUUUGGUAUAUUUAUUUCUAAACGACUUACGCUGUCCCCAAUUUUAUACGACAGUGUGCAUACCUUGACAACAUGUACAUAAUCAAACACACAAACACAAACACAACCACACAGAAAUUAAAACAAACUCACACAUCCACACAGAGCCACCCAUGAACUGACCAAAACAAAAAAUCGUACACUGCAGUAUGUAUUAUAAAUAUGGAUGUACUAUGAUUACCGUUAGCCAUACCGUUAAGCAUACCGUUAGGCAUACAAAGUGUAUGCAUGUAUCUGUAUUAUUUUGCUACGUUUUCAAUGCAAGCAGCGGUAAAAACGCAGCGCAGGAGCCAUCAAUAAAAGCACAAAUCAGUAGUUGGAAACCAAAAAUAGAAAAAUCAAAGAAAAAAAAAACAAGUAUUAAUAAUAAUAGUUAAAAAAAUUAAAAAAUAAAAUACAAAAAGAAUAUACCAAAAGCUGUAGAUGUCCAUGUAUGUAUUUUUAUUUUUAGAUAUUUAUGUAUGUAAUUUAUAUUCAAUAAAUCAGGCAUAAAUGCAUUUAACAGCAUCAUACGAAAAACAUAAAUAACAAAACUAUAAACAAUAUACUAUAUAUAGAGCGCACCUGAGGAUCGGUUUGCGAAUUAGAUCUGGCAGAGAAAGUUGCACUUACACAAAUGCGUGUAUGUUUGUGUGUUAGGCGAAUAUGGAAGAAUAGCAAAUACAAGAAGCAAGAAAUAUAUAAUUAAAAAUAGGUAAACCAAAAUAUAGGGCAAUGUUUGAUGUUGAAUUAUAAGUUAAAGGCCACAUAGCGUGCGCAUUAUAUGCAAACCCAUAUGGAAUAUACAUAACAUACAUACAUAUUUACAUAAAUACAUGCAUACCAGGCAAACAAUCUACGAAAAAUAGCAAAAAUAAUUUUAUAUAUACCAAAGAGAAUACCAGUAAAACGAAGAUUUAUACAUAAUCAUUACAGCACCGCAUAGUAUGAAAAAUAUCCAUACCAUAUAUAUAUAUAUAUAUAUAAAACAUAAUUAUAUAUACUUACCUAUCCCAUACAUUAAUAGGUUGCUCUGUUUGAGGCAUCUAUGUAUAUUGAAUGUGGUCCGUUAUUUGGGCAUCUCCAUCAGUUUACACAUUUUCAACAACGUGCAGGUACUUCAUGCAGCGGUAGUCAAAACCCAAAGCAACUGGCCACACAUUCUCACCACAGUCGCAAAAUGAGGUUCACCACAUCAUUAAGCUCGUUUCGGAGUUUUGUUGUUUAUGAUAAACUGUUUAUAGCUGUUUUUCGAAUUUUAAAAAAAUUAUAUUUACUAUAUAAAAAAUAAAUAAAAAAGACAAAAAAGAAAUCGUAUAUAAUAGUAUACAUGCAUAAUACAUACAAGUAUAUGUUUUAAAAGCUCUUACCAAACUUAAUUGCAAACUGAAUAACUGCAAAGCAAAAGCGAUUGAAUUAUAUGAUUGAUUAAAAGACAUACUGCAUUAUAUAUGCAUUAUGAUGCAGCUGUAUUGCAUGCAAGAAGUAUAAACUUUUAUUUCAAAGCAAAAACAAAAAUAUAAAGAAUUUAAAAAGAUAGCAGAUGUAUGCGGAUCUCCAACCGCACACCCAGAACAACGGCGUCUGUAGAUAUAUUAUACCACAAACACACUGAUGUGAACACACAAAUGAAAUGACAUGAAAUGAAAAACGUUUAUAAAGAAUAAACAAAUGUUUGAAACUAUUAAAACUA